GAAGGGAGGAGGCGUGCGAGCCGCGAUUGCCCUUGUGUCUCGAGCUGGGAAAGCUUCUCGUGUAGCGGAGUGCUCUCCCUGCUUGCGGAGGUGAGGGAGCGCGUGCGAAGCAGCAGGAAGGCGAGCGCCGCAGCUGCCCAUCUGUUCCCUCCGUCCCCUGACCGACGCGGGCAGGGGGGAAGCGACCGCGCUCGUGCUUCAGGAGGGGGCGCUCCGUUCCUCGGCAGGCGGGAGGGGGGGCUCCUGCGUGCCCACGGUGCCCGCUCGUGGAAGGAAGGACGGAGCGGGGGGGGCGCAUUAAUUGGGAAAGGGAGGGGGAACCAGCAGCAGCUCGCCCCCGUUGCACACCCGCGCGACCCUGGUCCUCCUCUUCACCCCGCUGGAUAGGCUGAGGGAGCCACUGCGGCGGCGGCGGAGGCGGCGGAGACGGCUCCUGCUGCGGGGAGGACGAGCCCGGAGAGAGGAGGAGGAAGAGGAGGCGAAGGAGGAACCAGCAGCGGCAGCUUCAGCAGCUGCGGGAUUCUGUGCCUCGCUCCCGGCCGGCCCGAGGGAGACCCCCAGGAUGCGGCUGAAACCGAGCAUCGUCUUGCGCUUCUACAGCCUCUACGGGAUCCUCAUACAAGGCAGCCAAGGGCAGUUUCCACUUACCCAGAAUGUUACAGUUAUUGAGGGGGAAACAGCAACAUUGACUUGUAGGGUUGAUCAAAAUGAUAACACCUCCCUCCAGUGGUCAAAUCCAGCUCAACAGACCUUGUACUUCGAUGACAAGAAAGCUCUGAGGGACAAUAGAAUUGAGCUACUACGAGCUUCAUGGCAUGAACUGACCAUCAGAGUCACUGAUGUGUCACUGUCAGAUGAAGGGCAAUAUACCUGUUCUUUAUUUACUAUGCCUGUCAAGACUUCCAAGGCUUUCCUCACAGUUCUGGGAGUUCCAGGGAAGCCUCAAAUUAGUGGAUUUACUUCACCGGUUAUGGAAGGUGAAAGGAUGGAACUUACAUGCAAAACAUCUGGUAGCAAGCCAGCUGCAGAUAUCAGAUGGUUCAAGAAUGACAAAGAGGUGAAAGAUGUUCAAUAUUUAAAAGAAGAGGAUGCAAACCGGAAAACAUUCACUGUAAGCAGCACAAUGAAUUUCAGAGCAGAUCGCAGUGAUGAUGGUGCAGUUGUAAGUUGCAGAGUAGACCAUGAAUCAUUGAACUCCACGCCUCAGAUAGCAAUGCAAGUUCUAGAAAUACACUAUAUACCUUCAGUUAAAAUUAUACCUUCCACAUCGUGGCCAGAAGAAGGACAAUCUAUAACUUUGAUUUGUGAAUCCAAAGGAAAACCACUGCCAGAUCCAGUAUUAUGGACAAAGGAUGGUGGAGAAUUACCAGAUCCAGAAAGAAUGGUUGUCAACGGUAGGGUGCUAAGCAUUAAUUUCCUAAAUAAAACGGACAAUGGUACAUAUCGAUGUGAAGCAGAAAAUACUAUUGGCCAAAACAGCGCAGAGUAUGUCCUGAUUAUUCAUGAUGUUUCCAACAUUUUGCUUCCUACCACUGUCAUCCCCUCCCUUACCACUGCAACAGUCACAACCACUGUAGCCUUAACAAGCACAGUUCCAUCGGCAACAACCAUCAGCACCAGAGACCCGAAUGCUUAUGCUGAACAGACUGGACCGGACCAUGCUCUUAUAGGAGGCAUAGUGGCUGUAGUUGUCUUCGUCACGCUAUGUUCUAUAAUUCUGCUUGGUCGAUAUCUGGCAAGACAUAAAGGAACAUAUUUAACGAAUGAAGCUAAAGGAGCUGAAGAUGCCCCGGAUGCAGAUACAGCCAUUAUCAAUGCAGAAGGCAGUCAAGUCAAUGCAGAAGAGAAGAAGGAAUAUUUCAUAUAGAUGCAGACUUAGGUUCUCUGAGUAUUACUCACCAAGCUGACUGCUGGAGAAAACUGGCUCCCAUCUUGCAGCAUUCUUUUCUCCCAUCCAUUUGCUACCUUUAUUAAUGUAAACAUCUUUCAGUAGCCAGUUUAUGCCAACAAUUAGCUGUGGACAGCAUAUUUCUUUAAUUAUGGUACCAUUCAUAUUGCAGGACAUUUCUUAUGGCCUAAAUGUCAUAUCCAUUGCUCUCUUAACAUACAGUGCUUGAAUAUACAGCCUUAACAAUUUUAAUCAUCUUCUCAGUUAAUGUUGUUGAGUUUUUUUCUACAUUUUGUUUGGGGGAGGGGCGAAAUGGUAUAUGGAUUUUCUUUUCUUUUUUUCCCCAUUGUCUUUCCUCAAGGUCCUUACCAAUACUUCACCAAUCAUUGUCAUAGCAAAAUGUUUUUGGGUGAAGAUGCAAAUGUACUUACGUGAAACAUUACAAGGAAGAUUAGAGGUUUACAAAGAAUGUUUUAUAUAUAUAUCUAUAAUUCAAAAUCAGCCUAGUUUUGAAACAUUGUGCCCUAGAAAACAUCAACUCAGAGCAUCCUAGCAUAGUUUCUUGUGUGCUUGUUUGGAAAUGAUAAUGAAGGGGGCGUGAACAGACAUUUUCUUUUAAUGACACUUUGGUACUAAAGCUCCGCUGGGGUGGUAACCACAUCAUACAGUCUGUAUAGAAUCCAAAGAGCUGACUUGCAUAGUUCCAUUUUUGAAAACAUUUGUCCAGCUCUUUUUACAGCUUUUAGGGUUAUAAAGACUUCCAUAUCUAUUUCUAUCAUUUCUAUUUUCAUUUUAAUUUAUUUACUUCACAUAGGCUCACCUGCCUACUUAAAUUGGAUGUGUUCAUGGGGCACAACUGCAAGGCAUUUUAGUAUAUGUAUAUAGUGCAUAUAAUAAAACCAAUUAAUCAUUAUUUGAUACAUAUUUAACUUUUGGGGCUGUAGGUAAGUCAGUCGCAAGUACGCAUUUUCUAAUGUCCAUUAUAUCCCUUUAGAUAUGACUUAAUAUUCUGAGUAGAUAACAUGUAUUAGUACUUUUUGUCUGUAUGUCCUAGCACUGUUCAGCAGCAAACUUUUUCUAGUUCCAGUUGAUUUUUAUUUGUUAUACAAUGGAAGCACAAUGUUAUAUGGAAAGGUAGUUUUAAGCUAACAACCAGUGCACAGCCUCAGGUUUUAAAUUACAACCACAUUAAUGAUUAAUGAUUAAGUUGCUAAAAUUUUCAAUUUAUAAUUUGGCAGUUCCAGAGCUGCUUAUCUCUGUUGGAUUUGCCAAAACACAAACAACAAAGGUGUUACAACAGAAGCUCUAUGUUUUGUGUAUAUGGUAAAUGGACUAAUUCUUUAUAUUAAAUUCCUGUCUAUGCAUUUUGUGAGGUACAAACUUAUGUCACGGUGAAUGAUAAAGAAUUUCUGCCAUGCUUUUAGCUCCACAGUAAAGACCUCUUUGAGAUCAUUCUGCAAAUGUGGGGCAAAAAUUUCAGCUUAAAAAAAACCCCUCAGGAUUUAAACAUACCAUAAUAAUGAGGUGAUUGGCUUGGUUCCUGUUCCCGAAAAUCAAAACAUCACCAGAUGAGCUCUUCCUUACUGGUCUCAUGUCAGAAGAUUAAAAUCAGCAGAGACUGUCUUUCAUCUCCUAAGUGCUGCACCUUAGAAAAAGGAAUAUUUCUAUAUGGAUGCUAUUACUGGUGAAGUCUAAAAGCAUAAUGGCCUAUUGUAAAGGAUUAUCUCCAGGGAUUUAUUUUUUGCGUGGGGGAGGGGAGGAGGGAAGGUAGCAUUUGAUUAUGACAUCAUGUGUCGCAGUAUAUGGAAAUCAAAGGUGCUGUGUCAGAUUAUUUAUCAGAAGAUAUCACCUUUUAAGGACAAUAGUAGAGUUUUUAAAUUGUUUUUGUUGGGGGAAAACAUUUACCUUGUUAAUUUCUACAAGAAAAAAAAUUGAGAGACCAUCAAGCAGCACUUUUUCAAAGUAUACAGAACAUAAAUAAUAUGAUGUGGUUGAGUGUUAACAUAAUAAAUCAUAUACAGUAUGACAUUUUAAAGAAAUACGUCUGCAUUGAUGUGAUUGCAUGCUUGUUUUUACAGUUCACUCCAACUCGUCUGUGGAAAAAAUGCAAUAAUAUGCUAAUCUAGUUAUGGUAGUUUGAGAGAAUCAGGUAGGGGCUACUAGGCACAUUGAGGAUAGUAUAGGUUUGCAACAUAAUCAUGUAUUUCAAGGAAUACUUUUUAAAAAAACUGACAAAAGAAAUAAAGUUUGCUACUAGGAAGGAAAAGCAGUGAGUUGUAACUACUAUUUGAACAGCUGAUUUAUGGAAUUAAUGUCCAGGCCAGCAAAGCAUUUAAUGGUGCUUAAGUGCCUUGCUGCAGUAAGAUUCUGUUUACUGAAACUCCAGUGUCCAUUAGUGCUGUGUUAAUAUUUACAUCAUCAUUCAUUCUUUCUAAAGUCCAUUCUGCUUAGAUUAUAUAGUACUGCUGCUUACAUUAUCCACCUACUUGUCACUGUGUGAUGUGAGAUUUUCAGAAAUUUGAGCAUCUUUAGAUGUAAACUGUCCAAAGCAUAUUGUUAGUAUAGGAAAUGAAAUCAUUGCAAUUUGUAAUAGUAGAUAGGAAUUGGAACAUUAACCUUUCUUCUUUGCUCAGUUGCAGUAGAAUUUUUGUUCUGAAGUUCUUCUGCCUUGCACCUUGGGAUAUAAUUUGGAACAGGCUAAAAAGGAGAUAGUUUCGGAAAAGAAAAUGUCGUGUUAAGAUAACUCUGGCCUGCCAAUCUUUCCAGUCAUCUGCACUCAGUUAAAUCAGAGGUUCUCAAACUUUUUCAUAGUGGGAUAAUAGUAGCUCUCUCAUAAAAAAAUCACCAGGUUUGAUAUAACUAAUGGAAAUUAGAGCCUUUUUCAACUUUUUUUUUGCACACCAUUCGUAGUUUUAGCACAAGUACUAGUUAUUAUUAUUAUACCAGACUAUUUCCAGUAUUGAUACUUUAUUAAUUUGGUCUAAUCUACAAGUUUUUCUCCAUGGAUCUGUAGUCCUGGCAAUAAUACCUUGAAGAUUUAUUUAUUUUUUGCACCAGUGUCCUCGAAUCCAUGUAGGUCCUGUGUUAGUACCUGAGAUGAUCUGUGUUGCUCUUGCUCUCUGAUUCGGUGCCUUUCUGACCAUUGGAGAUUGGGAAAGGCAGGGCACAGGUCAACUGGAAAAAGGGUAGGAUAGUUUCAGUUAGGUUUGGGAGGUACUUUUCAUUGUAGCUGAGAGUUGCAACCUUUCUUUGCUAACCUCCGGCUUGCAACGUAUCACAAACAGUUAAUUAUUCAGGGAAUGGAGGUUUAUGUUUUUACUGAUGUGGAAAUGCAGCAUUGUCUGAUAUAGGCUAUAACACACGCAUCUACGUAUGCACAUUCUUAAGGUUUUGCAUAAUUUAUAUAGUCUAAUGAGUUUUUCCCUCUUAGGUUCUGCAAUGAGCACACAGUUCCAGUUUGAGAACCCCUAGUUUAGAUGAAUAUACUUGGAGUAAGGCACCAACAUCCUGAGGAAAUGAGUGACUUAAAUUAGUCUGUGACAAGUAGAAAUACUAUUAUAUUGAUGGCCUCAUGACAGUUACCAAGGAAAUUGUAGGUAAUGAUAGUUCUCAAGGGGAAUAUAUUUAGGGUCAUUUACUAUAUAUAAUUUUUAAGUAAAAGAAUACAAAGUAUGAAGCUAUUAUUAAUUUAAUAUUGAUUGUCAAUUAUCUUCCUUUGAGACCACAAUAUUUUAUUUAUAAAAUAGUAGAGUGACAUCUCAAAAUAGUAGAGUGACAUCUCAGAAUAAAUAGAUACAUCAUUGUUUCAUUCACAAAUGUCAUUAAGAAAUCCAAAGAGCAGGUAAAGAAAACUGAUAUAUAAUCUGAGGCUCAAAAAUGAACCCAGGGCAUUUUUUCACAUUUAUGAACAACAGUUCAUCUCGCACUGGGAUUCUCACUAGAAAGAACAAAGGAGAAAAGCUGAUUUGAAACAAACGUUGAAGCGGACUUUUGGAGUAGGGUAUUCACAACAAGGAUAUCUACCUAUCUAUAUAAAUCCCUCAAUGGGAGAAGAAAGGAUGGGGGCUUAUAUAAUUUUUGAUUGUAAAAGCACUGAAAUUACCAUGUACGCAUGCGUGCAUCAGGUAUUUUGAUUGUGGCAGUGUGGUUACAUGUGCUUCCAUGUAACAUCACAGUUCAAGUGUAAUUUAGUGCCACUUAACUGUAAAGUGUUACCAAACAGAAAAUAAAAACUCUUGAAUUUGCAACUCUGUUGAGACUAAAAGUAAAUGCUGGUACAAUGAUACACUGAAAUCAUGCACUGUUCUGGCCACACUAUAAUUUUACCUAAGCUUUCCCAGAUUGCUCUUGUCUUUUCAUUCUUUAUAAAUGAUCAUUUUUAGUGAACAUACCAAAAAAUAAACAAAUAAAAACCCCUUUAGGUACUCAAAUAUUUUCUGAUCAAGCUGUCUAGCAGAAAUAACUGGGUAAUGCUUUUGAUUAAGUGGCACAAAGUACACACUAAAAAUAUGCAAAAAAUAUAGGUAGCUACAGUUUAAGUAUCUUGUACUUCCUCUGUAUGGAUAUUGGACCCAUGUAUUUAUAAUAUGCAUUUUGAUUAUUUUAUGAAGAUGAUGAUGAGUGUGUUGUGUAAAACGCAGCAAGCUAUAAACAUACAAAUACA